GCAGGUUGUGAAUGACGCCGCUUUGCGCUCGACGCGACCCAGAAUCGGGGAUUCGGUAACCAACAAUGUAUAGGCGUUUACCAUUUUAAUACUGCUUACUGGAUGCUGUAAUCGAUAACUGAAGUAAUUUUUGUAUUCAGGUUGCAUGGAGUGUUGCUUCAUUCCUGUAAAGUCUGCAGGAGUAGUUUGUUAGGCCCACCAGUGAUGUGAGAUAUACAACGAGAUUUUUAAUAAAGUGAGAAUGUCAUCAACUAUGACAGUCACAGAAACGGAUGUCAGUGCGGUUGAAGGCUCGCCAAGGCACAGUCAACACAUGGAUGAAACAGAAACAGUAGUAUUCAACGACUGCAAAACUGGCCUUGGAAUCAAGAUCAUAGGAGGAAGGAGUGAGCAAGAAGGAGGCAGGGAUUACGGAAUCUUUAUUCGGAGAGUCAUUCCUGGAGGACUAGCAGAACAAAGUGGUCGUUUGAAGGAGGGUGACCAGAUACUCAGUGUAAACAGUGCAAGUUUACUGCGGGUUACCAAUGAUGAAGCUGUACAGCAUCUUCGCAGUGCCUCAGCUACCAAUCAAGUUACAAUGGUUGUCACAAGAAAUAUGUCUGCAGCGCAUCGAUUUUCAUUACUUCUUGAAAGCCAACUUGCCAACACAAGGAAUACUUUCAACUUAGACACUCAGUCCGUCUCAUCUGACCAGGGUUCAGACAUACAUGAGCAAGGUUCAAAACCCUGGUCCUCACUUCAGAGAGAGAGAAUCUCGACUCAGUCCCCAUCACCUAGUCUAGACUCUUCAUCCUCAGUACAGGAUGAGCUACAUGUAGGUCCAGGCUCAGCCAAUCAAAGGAAGCUUGAUGUGCGUGAGAUUAUCUUAAACAAGCUGAGUGGUCUAGGAUUGAGUAUAUCUGGAGGUGUUGAUCGACACGAUGGACCAGGGAUAUACAUCCAAGGCAUCCAGCAAGAUGGAGAUUGUGCAAGAGAUGGCCGUUUGAGAGUUGGUGAUCAGCUAGUAUCUGUCAAUGGAGACCAGUUGUCGGGGACUACCAAUGAAGUUGCCGUGGAGAUAUUGACUAGAGCAUCAUGCAGGACUGAUGUAGAUACUCUACGUAUCAACUACAUUCCAGUAGUAUCCGCCCACUCCUACAGACAGCCCAAUAACCACACCCCUAGUUCAUCCUACCCAUCACCAUCUAACACCAACCAAUCACCAUCCCCACAUCACCGGUAUUCAUCACAUCCUACUUCACCCUUACAACCAUCACACACUGGUCACCAGCAUCCACAGGGAUCAGCCGAUGUAUCACAGCGUGUUGCUGGGGGUUUGCUGUCCCCUGAGGGAGAGGUAUCACAGUCAACUGCAGGGGGAGAGGCACUUCCUCAAAGGCUAGGCCAGCCAGUGUCUCCACCAUUGUAUGAGCAAGCUACAAUCAACGGCUUCCCAUUGUCAGCUCUUCGCCAGCAAGCUCCAUCCAAUAUUGCCAUGCCACUACAUCUACAGAGACAUUUACACAUUCAGCCAGCGUCAUCCUCAACUCCACAGGCAAAUAAUGCCAACGGUCAUCUGAACAGAUUUCCUGUACCACACAGCACUCACCUAGAACCAUCACCAGUCUUACCAACCAACAGUAUUACCAUGGCAACGCAUCAUCCUAACAACUUAUCCUCAGCUGUAUCUCCCUCAGCCACACCCACAAUUGAUACAUGGACCGUCAAGCCUUCCCUGUCUCUGAGCAACUCUCGUAGGAGACGGUUGUCUCUUGAUCCACAUGUCCGACUAAGGAUUGAUAAACUACAAGUGGCUUUGAAGUAUCUUGGGAUUGAACCCACAGAAGAGGAGAAUGCUGAGCUGAGAUGCAGGUUGCAGGUGGAUCAGUCAGGCAUGGUACCUUAUGGAGAGUUUGUUGCUGUUUCCAGACAGAUCUUCAAGAUGCAACUUGAUGACAGUCGGUUAGGAGCAGGCUCAUUGACCUUUGCAGCUCAAGACGUCACUGAUUUUGCCGAACCACCUCCUUUCCAUCAGCAGCAAGAUGUUCCAAGCUCAGUACCAGUCAGUGAGCUAGACAGAGUCAGACAAGAAAGAGAUGAAGCACUCAGAGAAGUAGAAAGGUUAAAGGUGCAACUUCAAGAGAAGGAUCGAUCCUUUAACAUUGCUGAGGAAGAAUUACUUCGAGUACGCAAGGAAGCUCAAGGAGCCAUUCAUGAGAGUCGAGCAUUGAAGAGUCGCGUCCAUCUUGCUGAAGCAGCUCAGAGAGAAGCUCGUAAUAUUGAGAUUGAUUAUGAAGAAGUUGUCCACAUGUUAGAAGCUGAGGUUGCUAAACUUCAGAAGAAGACAUGCAAGACACCUCCUCCAAAUAAGGUCAGUUCAGCAGAUAUUGAGGAACUUCAAAAGAGGAUAGCUGUCAUGAGUUGUGAGCUGAGGAAAGCUGAGAUUAGCAAGAAGACAUAUGAGGUAGCUACAGAGAAACUAUUGCAGUUUGCUGAGCUUGUCCAUGAGUGCAUCAGUAACGGUCCCAAUGCCAUCACCAUAAGUAACACAAAGGGUCGUGGUGAGAGUGCCAGACGGGGUGAUACAGGCUUCAUACCUUCAGGGUAUCUAGCUAAACACAACAUACAAGGCCCAUUAAAUCUUGGGAGUGAAGCCAAGGAAACAGUCAAAGCAGUCAAGAAAAUGCUAGAGGUGGAACCCUUGCCUUACGGAUGGGAAGAGGCGUACACAGCAGAUGGCAUGAAAUAUUAUCUCCAUCAUGUUAGCCAGGGAACGACGUGGAUUCAUCCUGUAUCUAGCAUCAAUCAUCUGCCCUCCAUAGAUGAGAAUGGCAGAGAUGUACCAGAGACCAGGACGUAAUAAGAAUUACGAGGGUUUACAGUGUUACAGCAAAUAACCCGAUAGUCCGAUACAAUGUUUCACAAUAACAGUUGAACAAUCGUGACAAGGCUUUCCUGGAUAUCUUGUUUUAAAAUGAAGAUAUUAUAAUAUCAGAUUUUUUUAAUUUUCAAGACGAUAUGUAAAUGUUUUUUUAUGUGAAAAAAUGAAAAGAAAUUAACAAUGAGCCUGAACUACUUUCCAGAUAUUCUGGCAUAUAUAAAGUUAUUGGUUCUUAUUUUGUUCCUUUUGUUUCAUUUUGUAUGGUUUGUUGGGGUGUUUGUUCGUUUGUUUGUUGAGUUGUUUGUUGUUUGUUGUUUUUUUGGUGUGUGUUUAUUAUAUUCAUUUCAUUCUUCUUUAUUUAAAUUGACUUUCAGUAACUCUAUGAGUUAUCUUUGAUGCAUUCUCGAGAAAAAUUUGAUACUGUAAAUAAAAAGGGCAUCUGGCUAUUGUAACGUUUUUUCCCCUCCAAAAUAUGUAAAUUAUACAUGUGUGUAUAUGUUUUUGUAUAACGUUAAAAUAAUUCAGUCACGUACUUGAAAGAAUUAUUUCAUAAAUUCAUGGAGACUCAGUUUAUGAGCAGUAUGACUUUAUUUUGUUAUGUCUGUAUUCCAAAUUUUGUGAAUUACCAUUGUAAUAAAUAAUUGAUUGUGAUAAGAUAAGUUUAAUUUCUUCACUGGCUUUGGUCUGUUUUAUUGGUUCUGUCGAACGCUGAAAGGACCUUUGAAUAAAUAAUGAGAUUUAGCUCCAAUCUUUUAUUAUUCGUCUGAUUAACUUGCCUUCAUUCAACCAAACAUGUUAUGAAAAAUGUAUUCAUUAUUUCCUUUAAUUUAGUGGACUUUUUGUCCACAUACCGUUUAACUUAUUAUUGUUGUCGAGUCUUAUUUUUCUUCACAAGAAAAAGAUAAUAAAUUUGUGAACAGCUAUGGA